AUGCCUGGCACACAGGUGUUCACUGCUUCUAUGUUUGAAUUUGUACCUGGGGGGUUGGAAGGGGUUCCUGCGGUUGGAAGAGAAACAAUGCCUGUUACUCAUCCUGUAGCACAUUUUGCAGGGCAGACCCCAAGAGAAUAUACGCAUAUGUUACCAUCCCAAAUGAAGAUAUCUGCAUCACAGGCAACCAAAAUAGAUUUAGCUGAAAAAUCUGGAAUCCGGCUUAAUGCUACAUUUGAGCUCAUGGGUAAUGAAGCUGGUGGAAGAAGAUUUUUGCAGACAAUGUCAAGUAAAGCUCCAAAAACAAUUUUUACGGAUCAGGAUGUUGCAAUGGCUAACACCAUACCUAUUGUCAUGCCUAACACAAAACGCCGCCUUUGCACUUGGCAUUUGAUUCAAAAUGCAUUAAGGCAUGCAAAUUCUAUCUUCAAGGAUAAGGAGGUGAAUGAUAAGGGGAUAAAGAGUGUUUUAUCCAAGUUUAUGGACGACAUUGAGGAUAAGGAUGAUUUUACGUUAAAAUGGGAGGAAAUGCUUGACAAGUAUGAAGUGCGAGAUAAUCAUUGGUUGAAGUUAACAUUUGGGGUUAAGGAAAAAUGGGGUUGGCCAUAUGGUAGAAAUGUAUGGGGUGCAGGCAUGAGUAGCACCCAACUUAGUGAAUCCUUUAAUGCAUUCUUGAAGGAUUUCAUUCAGUCUGAUCAUAACUUAAUGCAAUUUUUCAUGCAUGUUGAUCGAGUUCUUUGUGAGAAGAGGUACAAAGAGUUUCAAGUCGAAUACGCUCUAUGCCAAAAGUUGCCAAGGAUGAAUAUUAAAGUGAAGAUCAUGGAGCAAGCUGCAGAUGUUUACAUAAAUAAAAUUUAUGAAAAAUUUCAGGAUGAGUAUGUCAAGUCCCUUGAAGUAAACAUUGAAGAAACUAAACAUGAUAGUGAGAGUACCGUUUAUACGGUACUUGAUAGUGAUGGUGUAAAGGUGAGGAAUGUGAGAGUGGAGUGUGAUGGUUCACUCACUUACAAUUGUAGGAAGUUUGAAAUGAAAGGCAUUUUGUGUAGUCAUUGUUUGAAGAUCCUUACAGACACCCUCAAAUUCAAAGAGAUUCAUUCCCAAUAUAUUCUCAAGAGAUGGACUAAAAAAGCAAGAGUUGAAAAUGUGAAAGAUAGGUGUGGGCAUGAUAUUAAGGUUGAUCCAAGUUUUCUUCGUCACAAUAUGCCUUUUUCAAUGCCAUCGAUGUAUUCCGUCCAUGGAAGCUAUCAAGCAUUGCUUAACAAUGCAAGCGGUUAUGACUCGCAAGCCUCGAAUAGUCCUGCAUGUAGUCAAGUACUACAUGGGCAUGGGCGUAGUCAUGGGCGUGGGCAUGGGCAUGGGCAUGUGGAUCACACGUCAAUAUCUUAG